AUGGCGACAUCGAGCCCCAACCCCGCGCAGCUGCCCCUCGGCCAGCAGCUCCUCUGCCUCCGCCAGGUCCUGUCCACCAACACCACCCUCAUCACCGUCCUCGAGCGCGUCGCCACGCUCGGCCUCCCCAACUGGUACCUCGCCGGCGGCGCCGUCUCGCAGACGGUCUGGAACUACGCCUCCCACCUCCCGCCCUCCGCCGGCAUCGCCGACUACGACGUCGUCUACCACGACGCGUCCGACCUCUCCUGGGACGCCGAGGACGCGCACAUCCGCGCCGCGCGGGCGCUGUUCGCCGACAUGCCGGGAAUCGACGUCGAGGUGCGCAACCAGGCGCGCGUGCACCUCUGGUACGGGGCCAAGCACGGCACGCCCUGCCCGCCGCACGCGAGCGUCGAGGGCGGCAUCGACUCGUGGAUCUCGACGAGCGCCAUGGUCGGCGUCCGGCUGGGCGGGGAGGAUGGCCGUGAGUGGUCGGUGUACGCGCCGAGGGGGCUGUCGGACUUGUUCAACGUGGUGGCGAGGCCGAACGCGGUGCUGGGGAGCAAGGAGAGCUACGACAAGAAGACGGCGCGGUGGAGGGGGAUAUGGGACAAGUUGACGGUUGAGCCGUGGCCGACGGAGACGGCGGCGGCAGCGGCGGCAAUUACGGAAACUUCAGCAACUGCGACAAUUGAGUCGACGAUGGAAGAGAAGUGA